CUCGAGUCGAUAAUUAAUCGAUCACCACGGAUUUCGCCCCAGUCAUUGCUUUUGCAUCGUCCGGGAUGUGUGCUGCUGUUUUCGUGCACCUAUCAAUUGCAAUGAAAUCUCAUCAUAUCUCGAGCAUAUUGCGUCAGUUGUUGCUGUCCCUGAUGAUGACGACCAACGACGACGAUCGCGGCGUUUGCUGAAGUAUAGGCGCUAUGAAAUUCCAAAAAAAUUCCCAUGAGUCUAUCGAAUGCGAGCCGUUUGGAAAAUAGACAUUUGGAUGUCGUUACGAAUAGACGACUCUUCAAUGUUUACUUCAGCAUUACAAUUGAAUAUGAAGAAUGAAGAUAAUGCAGUUGAAAGCAGUGCAAGCAAUGAGCCUACAACAAAUGGAGGUUCACCCUCUCCCGAAACACCCACGAAUAACACAUUUGAUAUUGAAGCGCAACAGAAGGCCUUCCAAAGAUUCACAUCUAGUUUGGGGUUGGGAGGGUUUCGCUCAGCCUUCAACAUGAACGUCUUACCUCCAUUUCUUGCCGCCCUGCAGCAAAAUCCACUGGCCCUGCAGCAGCAAUUACUCGGCUUGACUAGCGGAUUGAGCGGAGUGUCGCCAGGACCAGAGGAUGAGGAAGAAAAUGAAAAUGGUGCUGCAACUGAACCCGAAGACUUGACCAUGAGCUUUCGGAAAGACAGCAAAACAGAGGAUCAGCAUGGCGAUGGUGGAGGGUCGUUAGGUGGUGGACCAUCAUGGUCGUAUGAGGAGCAGUUUAAGCAGCUAUAUGAACUUUCUGAUGAUGCGAAAAGAAAGGAAUGGUUGGAUGAUUGGCUGAGCUUCAUGCACAGGAUUGGUAAACCAGUAACCCGAAUUCCGAUUAUGGCUAAGCAAGUGCUAGAUUUAUAUGAAUUAUAUCGCUUGGUGGUACAGCACGGAGGCCUUGUGGAAAUCAUUAACAAGAAGCUUUGGAGAGAAAUCACUAAAGGCCUUAAUCUACCCUCCAGCAUUACUUCUGCUGCAUUUACUCUUCGUACACAAUAUCAGAAAUAUUUAUACGACUAUGAAUGUGAAAAGGAAGCAUUAUCGAAUCCGUCAGAUCUCCAAGCAGCCAUUGAUGGAAAUAGACGAGAAGGCCGUCGUAACGCUUCAGCGCCAAAUUUUGGGCCUCUCGGAUACCCAUUGCCGCAUGCCUCGUCGGCAGCUAAUCUUCUCGGAAAGCCGUUUAAUGGACUAGGAAUGAGAACUGACUUUUUGGACGAUGAAAACGGGUUGAGUAUGUCAUUACCGCAAAAUAAUCUCCUUGCCGCAUAUCGAGCCGAGCAAAUGGCGAUGUUCGAAGCACAACAACGACAAAUGGAAAGGGCACAGCGAGCGGCUGCUGAGGCUGUUGCUCGACAUGGUGGAUUACCGUUAGCACCAUCCGGACGGGCCUCACCGUCGUCUGUUGACUCAGAAGCUCCAGCAAAACGGGCACGACUUUCUGAACCUGCGGAUGCACCUCCAACAGGAGGGCAGAUGAAGAUUACAACUAGAAAACCAGAAGGCCAACAAUCCGAUAACUCUAUGGUCGUCUCCAUGGAAAUCAACGGCGUUACCUAUCAAGGUGUACUGUUUGCCCUAGAGGAAGGCACUAAGACGUAACCAUUGCCUUAUAAAAAUGAUUCACAGAAGCUGUUAAUGUUAUAGUCAGGAUUUGUGAAAGUAAAAAAACAGAUGCCACAGGUUCUAGUUGUAGUACGUUUUCAAAAUUUUCCCUAUGUGGUCUCUAGCAACGAUGUAGCAACACACCCAGCAUUAGUGACUUUGAAUGUGAUGUAACGUGCGCAGACAUGAUGCAGAUGCUAGGUAUGCCGUGCAACUACGUGGUAUCCUGCACCACCAUGCAACAACAGGCUAAUGCUGCACUGAAAGCAACUGCAAAUGCUUUUGCAUGGUGUUAUUGCAUGCAAUUGUACAG